CUCACUCUUCUUCAUCUCUGUUAAGCUCCUCGACUCUUCUUCCCCAGCGAUCUAGCGUCGAAUCUCUGCUCAGAAAACCCACUCAAAUUUAGGGUUUGCUUUCUAUUCAUCUCCAACUUUUCCAUCAUCACAACCCACCUCUCUCCAAUUCAACAUCGUCAAAUUCAAGCCACCUCUUCAUUUCCCAGCUCAAGAUCGCACACAUGUCGUAAGAAAGCCUCCAAUUUCACCCGGGAAAUGGAUUCGGAUCGCAAUUCGAAUCGCUUCCUAGGGUUCCGCCGCGGUGAUGCGAAUCCCUGUCAGUUCAAGACUAUCCCUUUGACGGUGUUGUUAUUGCUCUUCAUCGUCGCCGAUUCCUCCAAUGCUUCUUCGCUCUCCAAGCAUAGAUUUUUGAUCGGUGAUCCGACGACGACGACGAAGGUCAAUUCGGACAAUUCCACAUCACCGCCGGAUAAGGCUUCUCCGGUGGCGGCGACUCCACCGCCGCCUGUUAAACCUGAUCCUGAUACUAAUCCUACGCCAGUUGACGAUGCGAAGAACAAAACGGUAUCUGCGCCGCCCGCCAAGACGCCGGACCUGAAUCCGGAUCCGAAUAACGGUACUAAAUCGACUCCGGUAAGUCCGCCGACUGAUGCCGGUGACGGGAAGAAUAACCAAACUCAGAAGCCGGAUCCGAAUCCGGAGAAGAAGCCGAAGGAGAAUCCAGCUCCGAAGACUGAUAAGAAGCCGAAUCCGGUGCCUGGCAAGACACCGGAAGAGGAUCCAAAUGCAAAGCAUUCGGAUAGUGCGCCUGGUUCUGCUAGUCCACCGCCUCCUCAUGUGGAAGGAGGUGAAGUAGAGAAGACUAAGAAUAAAAGUGACAAUGUGACCAAUGUACCGAAUGUGAGCGAAGAAAGCUGUGAUGGGGUAAGCAUAACAUGCAACAAUACGGCUAUGGUUGCCUGCAUUAAGAGCUUUGAUAGGGAAUCAACAGAAGCAGUCAUUCUGGUCCAAAAUGUACGCGACAGCACAUUAAAGGGAAACCUUUCUGCAGAAGAUACCAUGGACCUGAAGAUUCCCAAACACAAAUAUAAAAAGAUCAAGCUCAAAAUGGGUAAAAGCAACAAAAUAGUACUUAAAGCUGGAAAGGGAGAAUGCGUGCUCCAGAUGGACCCUUUUGUAUCUGAAGGAAACUUUUUCAUGCGUUUCCCUUCUUAUGAGAAGUUAGUGACACCAGUCAACGGUGCUUACUUGUUGAUUGUUACAGUGAUAAUUUUUGGAGGGAUGUGGGCUUUCUGCCUGGUUAGGAGGAGAAAACAGCGAACUGGAGGUGGAGUUCCGUAUCAGGAACUUGAAAUGGCAUUGCCGGAAUCGGCUUCAGCAACUGAGGUGGUUACGGCUGAAGGUUGGGAUCAGGGUUGGGAUGACGACUGGGAUGGAGAUAAUGCAGUGAAAUCACCUGGAGGGCAUCUGGUAGGAAGCAUCUCUGCUAAUGGUCUUACUGCAAGGUCUUCAAACAAAGAUGGGUGGGAAAAUAACUGGGAUGAUUAGUUAGAUGAGAACACAGCUUAAGAUUAGAUUUUGCUCAAAAGAUUCAGGAAAGUGGGACACGAAUGAAGAUCCCAGAAAACCGAAUACGAAAGUUAAACCUUUUUUAAUAGUCUGCCCUUGUUGAAACUAGUGAGUUUUGUGUAGUCAUUGUCCCAGGAAAUAGGUCUGUAUAAGUGCCUGAUAUUUACUGUAAGUGCAAGAGGUAAUAUAUUUUUUGUCCAAAAGUACAAUUUCACUCCCUUGGUUUUGUUUCCUUUGAAC